CACGUGGAAAUCAGAUGUGUAAGCAGGUCUCUUGAAGAGCAUUGUUCACACUUUGAAUUGUAACAAACGGUGUCGAUUCAUUGUCAACGUGCACAAGUUAGUGUAAUUUUUGUAACCAAACUAGUGGCAGGCGUUGAGCUCCUGCGUCAGACUUUACGCACCAUGCAGCCUGUGUGACUGGAAGCGCUCUGUGAUUUCGCAUCACUUAGAGAUGCUGCAUGCGGAGACUCUGUCUGAAUGAAGAUAUCAUACAUUCACGAAGGAUUUAUGCUGUCACGCUUAUAACCCGCGCUGCACACUGCAUUCAAGAUUAAAGAAAAGCACAGAUUUCUCUCCACAACACCUUCCCAGCUUCCACCCGGCUUUCCUGUCACAGGCUGUCCUCUUCUUGCCCCCAUCAACCUCCGCUCUGAAGGAGCUCCCGUGUCUCAGCAGCUAUGCCAAAGAACACCAAGGUGACCCAGCGGGAGCACAGCAAUGAGCCAGUCACUGAGUCGGUGGCUGACUUGCUGUCCCUGGAGCACCCCAUGGACUACAAGAGCAGUCAGAUGAGCAUGGGUCUCAGUCCUGGGUCUACUGCCCCAGUAAAGGCCCUGCUACCUUCCCCUGAUCCAGAUGCUGAGGAUGGCCGGCCUGCAUGGAAUAAUAAGCUGGAGUACAUCCUUGCCCAGGUGGGCUUCUCUGUUGGUCUUGGUAACGUCUGGAGGUUUCCCUACUUGUGCCAGAAGAAUGGUGGAGGUGCAUAUCUGGUGCCCUACUUUAUUCUCCUGAUCAUCAUCGGCAUCCCCUUGUUUUUUUUGGAGCUAGCAGUGGGUCAGAGGAUCAGACGUGGCAGCAUCGGGGUGUGGAACUAUGUCUACCCACGUUUGGGGGGCAUUGGGGUUUCCAGCCUCAUGGUUUGUGGUUUUGUGGGCCUCUAUUACAAUGUGAUUAUCGGCUGGAGCAUCUUCUAUUUCUUCCAGUCUUUUCAGUAUCCACUGCCUUGGGCUGAAUGCCCCAUCCAGAGAAAUGGAACCCAAGCCAUUGUGGAGCCUGAGUGUGAGAAGAGCUCUGCCACUACUUAUUUCUGGUACCGCCAGACUCUUAAUAUCACAAGCACCAUUGACGACACCGGCGGCCUGAACUGGAAGAUGACCCUGUCCCUGCUGGUGGCUUGGAUCAUGGUCUGCCUGGCCGUCAUCAAGGGCAUCCAGUCCUCUGGGAAGGUGAUGUACUUCAGUUCUCUCUUCCCGUAUGUGGUGCUUUUCUGUUUCCUGGUGCGAGGCUUGAUGCUGAAGGGAGCUGUGGAUGGCAUCGCUCACAUGUUCACCCCGAAGCUGGAAAAGAUGUUGGAGCCGCAGGUUUGGAGAGAAGCAGCCACACAGGUCUUCUUUGCACUUGGUCUGGGUUUUGGAGGUGUCAUUGCUUUCUCCAGCUACAAUAAGCGAGACAACAAUUGCCACUUCGAUGCAGCUCUGGUCUCCAUCAUUAACUUUGUCACCUCAAUCUUGGCCACUUUAGUGGUGUUUGCUGUCCUGGGGUUCAAAGCUAAUGUCAUGAACGAGAAGUGUGUUGUUGAGAAUGCAGAGAAGAUUUUGGGUUACCUCAACACAGGUGUGUUGAGCAAAGAGCUCAUCCCUCCCCACAUCAACUUCUCCCACCUGUCUGCUCAGGACUAUGCAGAAAUGUAUGGAGUCAUUAAAACAGUGAAGGAGGAAGGCUUUGGGCAGCUGGGGCUGGACGCCUGUGUCCUGGAGGACGAACUCAACAAGGCUGUUCAGGGCACCGGUCUGGCCUUCAUCGCAUUCACAGAGGCCAUGACGCACUUCCCUGCCAGUCCCUUCUGGUCUGUUAUGUUUUUCUUCAUGUUGAUUAACUUGGGCCUGGGAAGCAUGAUCGGUACCAUGACUGGUAUCACCACACCCAUACUCGAUGCUUUCAAGAUCCGCAAAGAAAUCCUGUGUGUGGUUUGUUGUGUCAUAGCCUUCUUGUUAGGUCUGCUGUUUGUACAGCGUUCAGGAAAUUAUUUUGUCACCAUGUUUGACGACUACUCUGCUGGUUUGCCUCUUACUGUGGUGGUGAUCCUAGAGAAUGUCUCUGUAGCUUGGAUCUACGGUACUAAGAGGUUUAUGCAGGACCUGGAGGACAUGCUGGGUUUCAGGCCAUACAGCUUCUAUUACUACAUGUGGAGAUACGUGUCACCUGCCGUUUUGGUGGUGCUCAUCUCUGCCACCAUCAUAGAGAUGGCAGUCAGUCCUGCAGGAUACAACGCCUGGGUGGAGUCAGAGGGAUCAGAGAGUUUCAAAAGCUACCCUCCCUGGGCCUUAGCUAUGGCCUAUGCCCUAAUUGUGGUUGCCAUGCUGCCUUUACCCAUUGUCUUUGUUGUCCGCCACUUCAACUUGAUCUCAGAUGGCUCCAACAAGCUGUCCGUUUCCUACCGUAAAGGGAUGAUGAAGGACAUCUCCAACCUGGAGGAGCAGGAUGAGCAGCGCUUCAUCCUCAGCAAAAACCCCAGUGAGGCUCCCUCACCCAUGCCCCCCCACCGUGCCUACCUAGGUCCUGGCGGCACACAGGAGAUGACCAACACCAACUAUGGCACCAGCACCAAGACAGGCUACCAAAACAUUGGCUCGCCUGAAUCUGAGCUAUGAUCCAGUGAGCUUAUUGAACCUCCCAUCCACAUAGCCCUCAACAACCUUUAAGGGAGAGGGACAGAGGAAGUCAAAAGGGAGAGAAAAUUCACUUGCAGCAUUCAUCACACCUUAACCUCAGAGCUAAAUCUCCUAUCUCCUCUUUUUCUGCCCCAUUGCUCCCUACCUGUGGUUCUUUCCUUCAUGCCUGUCACAGAAUCUGUGCUGCUGAUCGCCAGCUUUGAGGAAGGGAACGUGGAAAUUUAACAACCUAUCCCAGGAGCAGACACAGAAGGACAGGGAUGAGAGCAAAGAGGUAAAUGAAGUGUAGAAAGCCCCUCUGAGAGCUUAGAUUAUAAGCUCUGGCUGAGGUUAAGGAGUGUGUAAUGCUAAAAUGUUUUGCAUUGUUCUAAACUGUAAUUCUCUAUGUAAACCAGUUUGCCCUUCUUCUGGUUCAGUUAGAGAGGAUUGCUAUUUUUGUUGGGAUAAAAUGAAGGAGACUCAGAAAACAACAAAAUCAUCCUUAUCUGAUCUGUAUGGAAAUGUUUUUCAUCAAGAAAAAAAAUGGUUACAAAUACAUCUAUAACAGUAUAUUUAGUCAGUGAUUCUGAUAGUGUUACAAGCACAUUCUGUCUAAAAGUUUACUGUGCCUAUCAUACAUCAGCAAUAAUAACCAUCCACAGUAGGAUUCUCACUAAACUGUCAAUCUCCUUCUAGCUCUGUUUUCUCUCUGAUGUAGAAUAAUGUACAUAAAUGCUGUGCAAUAGUUUGAGCCAUCACCAUAAGUUGUGCAAACACACUGCAAUAGUGCAAAACAGUUGGCAGCUUUGCUCGUCUUUAUUCCAUGAACACAGAAGCACAGUCACCUGCCAUUACUAGAGCAUCUCUGAGCCAUAACACAGAGCAGCACUUUUCUUUUAAUCAUUUCACCUCAGUUACAAAAGGCUCUGGAGUAACUGCUGCAUUAUUGUCUGUGCUGUUCCAGUUUCAGUGGACCAAGACUAAGCUUAAUCAUUUUAAUCAAUUGCUUUAAUCAGGUGGUUUAAUGCAUGCUUUGGAUGGGCAGCAGUGAUCGCACGUGAGCAGAAAUAAUCUGCAUGUGUUUGAUUGCAGGGCAGAUUCAAACUUGUCUCUGUCAGUAACAGGAAGGCAGAAAGAGACAGAAAUGUGGUCUUUGUGUUCAGAUGUGCAUGUCAGUGUGUUGUCUGCUGCUGAAUGAGAGCUCCCAGUGUCUCUGCCUUUUUAAAAAUAGAGGCUGUGGUACCCAGGGGAAGCCGUGGCAACGCGCCAUAGAAACGGAUAUUCUUCUGAUGUGGCGGAGGAGCAGGACCGCUGACAUCUUGCUUUGUCUGCUCCACCUGCAAGGUUUUUGAUGGCCUACAAAUAUUUUUCCCUGAUGUUACAGUGCAUUGAAAAGGUGGUUCACUGCCAUUCUGCACUAUGAAUCAAUCAUGCUUCAUGAGAGGAUGAUAUUAAGGUUUACCUGUUGUACAUUCCUCAAAUUGUGAUCACUUUGUAGAAGACAGAAUCUCAUCAGCACUACAAACAACACUUUGAUGUCUUUUUGUGACCCAAAGUAUAGAAGAUAUCAGCUUUUUUUUAUAAAUAUAUUUCUAUGUAUAUUCUUGUAUCACAAUGUAUGUUUAGGGGUAAAAUGUGGACAUGUACUGUGAUAUUAAUGUUUGAAAUAAGUGGUGAUACAUGGUGUUGACCACUGGAUGUCUCUGCUGGCCAGUGGAGGAGCCAGUGGUGCCUCAUCGUUCCUGUGGCCCCUCCCUGAGACAGCACCACUACUCCAGGCCUAACAGAUUUAGUGGGAAGCAUAGUCAGUCACAUUGUUUGGUGCCUAAACAGCAUUUGUGUUGUCUGUUUGCCUUAUGCUUUUGUCAUUUUUCAUUUUUCAGUGAGUUUAUAAUGUAAAUUGUUUGGACCAACGAUUUUGUCUCAUUCACUUGAGCACUUUAAUUAGAUGACUAAGACCCUGGAGUUGAUUGUUAAGCACAAAUUUAGAAAAGAAAAUAUAGAGAAUGCACAUAUUUAUACAAAGAAGAGGAGGCACAAGGCAAAGGCAGGGCAAACAUUUUUUAGCUUUGUGUGUUUGUUUUUGCUGUUUGAUAUCUGUCUCUGCGCUCAAAUUAUUGACAAUUUAAGACGUCACCAUCUGGUGAUCACAGAUUGAGAUUUUUUUUAAAUAGGUUGUGUCCCAAAAAUAUCUCCGCUUAAUUUAUGCCUCUCUGCCCCAUUGCUAUGUGAUGAUUUGCAGAGCAGUCCC